AUGUCAGAUCAAUGCACCAAGGGCACUAAUUGGGGUGUGGUUUCCAUUGAUGAUAAAAAUUUAUGUAUCAAAUAUAAUCAGAGCAACAUAAUCAAAUUACCACUAAAGAAAGUUGUCAAUUCGAACACUUAGAAGAAUGAUAUCGUACUUUAGUUGAGUACAGAUGAUUAUGGUGAAAAGUAUGUAUAUAAUAUUAACCUAAAAGUGAUGAUAUGCUAUGCGAAGUCAGAUUUUACAUUCCUCCUCAAGAGUAGGUAAUAUAGUUGAAAUAAAAUAGAAAUUGAAACAAGAAAAAGAAAAGAAGAAAUAAGAAAAUGAGGAAAAUUAAAAUAGCAUGGAAGAAGAGGAUGAUGGAGCAGAUGAAGAUGCUGAACCAACAUUCUAAUAGAAAUUAUAAAAUGAAAUAUUAACUAAAGCAAAAAUUGGUUAAAGUAGUGCUGAUUCUAUUCUAACUAUUCAUGAUGUUCCCUUAAUUGUUCCAAGGUAUUUACUUAAUUUACUAUAUUUAUUAGAGGUAAAUAUACAAUGGAUUUCUUUACAAAAGAUAUCAGAUUUCAUGGAAAUACCUAUCAAUUUACAACUGAUUAUAAGGGAAUUUCAAGAUUCUUUUUGUUACCUAUGCCUGAUGAAAUUAAUCUUUCUUUUGUGAUUGGUUUGGAACACCCUUUCAAAUAAGGUCAGACAACAUACAACUUUUUGGUCAUGUAAUUCAAAAAGGAAGUUGAAAAUGAAAUUAAACUAAAAUACAGUCGACAAAAAUUAGAUGAAAUUGGUUGGAAGGGAAUUAAAGAAGAAUAUUCAGGACCACUCUAUGAUAUUGUAUGUGAAGUCUUGUCUGAAAUUACAGGAAUCAAAGUUGUAUCUCCCAAGAAUUUCAAGAGUAAGAAUGGACUAUUUUGCUUGAGAUGUUCUGUUGGUCCUCAUUCAGGAUUUCUAUUUCCAUUAGAAAAAUCAUUAAUAUAUUUAUAAAAGCCAGUAUUACAUAUAAAACAUGAAGAAAUAAAAGAGGUCGUUUUCUAAAGAGUAAAUAUUAUUUUAUAUGUUAGAUUGGGUCAACUAAUUUAAAUAAAUUUUUCGAUGUUAAAAUUAUAUACAAAAACUAAAAUCAAUUAUUUUCAGGAAUAGAAAGGGAUGAACUUGACAAUCUGACUUAAUAUUUCUAACAAAAGAAAAUUGCCGUAAGAAAACUUCAAGAUGAGGUUCCUCAUCUCCCAUUAGAUGAUAGUGAUGAUGAAGAAGAUGAUGAUGAUAGUAGAUCAAAGAAGAAGAAUGUAUAUAUUUCUUAAAUAAAUAUUUUAGAAGACCAACAUAGAUCCAAAUAAUAUGGAUUCUGAUGAUGACGAUGAUGAUUUUCAUGCUGGAGAAGAUGAAGAAGAUGGUAGUGAAAGCGAAGGAAGUGAUGAACCAGAAAGUGCUUCCAAAAAUAAAAAAUGAUUAUUCAUUCAUCAGAU